GAAUGAGGCUGAUUUCUCACACAUCACUCGUGAAAGUGUGCGUGUCGGUUGUUUGUGUCAAGAAGAUAAACAGAUGAACUGGUUCGGUUUUGGUUUUAAUGGCUUUGGUCAGAUUAUCCCUACAGAUGUGAAGUGUAAAGUAAGCACACCUGUGCUGUUAUCGGACGCGUUUGGAUCGGACUGUAGAGUCAGCGGCAGCUGGAGCUCGAGAGCUGCUGUCAUUCACACAGACAGUGGCAGUCGUGUGUGUGUGUCGGGGUUUGUGUGUGGUUCUUCAGGACAGGUGUGUGUUCCAGAGAGUGAGGGGUGCACAGACGCCUCCAUCAGUGAAAGACAUGUGACCGUCAGCUUCACACGCAGAGUGGAAUGCUGGGAAAUACAACAGGCACAGAAGCGGCUGGUUUGGAGCAGGGAACAGGAGUCCAGCGGUCAGGAUGUUGCAUUGCCGUUAGUGCCAGGCGGGUACGUGGUGCCCAGACCGCCGUUCUUCCGUCCUCUGUGCGCUAAACUGUGCGCUGUCAGCCUGGCGCUGGGCACAGAACACGCUGUGCUGCUCAGCUCAUCCGGAGCGGUGUUUACCUGGGGAUCUGGAAGUCACGGGCAGCUGGGUCAUGGUCAUCUGACAUCACAGGAGGAAGCUCAGGUUGUGGAGGCGCUCUGGGGAGUUCAGAUCACAGCAGUGUCCGCUGGCGGCUGGCACUCCGCUUCUGUCAGCGCGGGAGGGGAUCUGUACAUGUGGGGCUGGAACGAAAGCGGGCAGCUCGGACUGCCAUCUCGAAGCGUGGAGGAGGAAAAGCUCCUCAGAGCGAGAAGGACCGGUGACACACUUGUGUCUAAAGAUCUCUGUGUGGACUCUUGUGGGUUUGGAAACACUGACUUGGACGUAAAUCAAGCAGAGGAGAAAAACAAAGAUGACGUGUUCAUUUCCAUUCAAGCGUUCCCGGCUCUAGUGGAUAUUCCUCAAGUGUCAGAAAUCAUCCGCGUGGCCUGUGGAUCCAGACAUACGGCCGCCGUCACAGGUACAGGCGAUCUCUACACCUGGGGAUGGGUCUCUCUUUCUUUACAAGGUUGGUACGGUCAGCUGGGACACGACACUGAACGCAGCACAGAUGAACCGGCGCUGGUGAAAUACUUUCACAGUCGUGACAUGUGUGUUGGAGAUGUUGUUUGUGGAUUAUGGAACACUUUUGUGUCGGCUGUUCCAGAAAAAACAUCCUUGCAUACAGAAUAAA